AUGCUUGUUGUCGGUCUCGGUGGCGGCUCUCGCGCUGUCAGACGGAUGGUCAAGCUGACGGCGACGGCGAUGGCGGCUGACGUUGGCACUGCUGGCCCCUUUGUACCUUCGGUUCCUUCCGCAUUUGUCUCGACUCAUUCUUGUAGAAGUUUCUACAAAACCCCCCACGUCCGCACACCGGGCUUCCACACGUCUCGCGCGACACGCUCGGCAUCACUGCACACUUCGGCCGUGGCACUUUUCGAGCUGCGCCGAUCAUCAUCACCACCACCACCACCACCAUCAUCAUCAUCAUCAUCAUCCGCCAACAUGAGCGAGCUCAAGUGGCCGUCUGCGCUGGUGCGCAAGGCCUUUUUUGACUACAUGGAGAAGCGGGGCCACACGAUCGUGCCCUCGGGUUCUGUCGUCCCCUACGAUGACCCGACCUUGCUCUUCACCAACGCGGGCAUGAACCAGUUCAAGCCCAUCUUCCUCGGCACCAUCAACAAGUCCGAUCCCAUGUCCAACCUCAAGCGUGCGGCCGAUAGUCAAAAAGUCAUCCGUGCCGGCGGCAAGCACAACGAUCUCGACGAUGUCGGCAAGGACAGCUACCACCACACCUUCUUCGAGAUGUUGGGCAACUGGUCCUUUGGCGACUACUUCAAGAAGGAGGCCAUCGAGAUGGCCUGGGAGAUUCUCACAAAAGUCUACGGCCUCGACCCCAAGAGACUGUACGCCACCUACUUCGAGGGCAACAAGGAGCUUGGCCUGCCCCCCGACGAGGAGGCCAAGCAGUUGUGGCUGGAUAUCGGCAUGCCUGCGGAUCAGAUCGUCCCCGGAGAUAUGAAGGACAACUUUUGGGAAAUGGGCGACCAGGGCCCCUGCGGACCUUCCAGUGAAAUCCAUUACGACAAAAUCGGUGGCCGGAAUGCGGCUCACAUUGUCAACAAGGACGACCCCAUGGUGGUGGAGGUUUGGAACCUCGUCUUCAUGCAGUUCGAUCGCCAAAAGGAUGGAAGCCUAAAGUCGCUGCCCGCGAAGCACAUCGACACCGGUAUGGGGUUCGAGCGAAUGGUUUCCGCUCUCCAGGAGACCGACUCCAACUAUGCCACCGACUGCUUCACCCCUCUGUUCAACCAGAUUCAACAAGUCACUGGCGUGAGGCCCUACUCGGAUAGGUACGGCAAGGACGAUGCUGAUGGUAUCGACACGGCCUAUCGGGUGAUUGCAGAUCACAUCCGAACGCUUUCCUUUGCCAUUACGGACGGUGCCGUCCCCAACAGCGACGGUCGCGGCUACGUCAUCCGACGAAUCCUCAGAAGAGGCGUGCGGUAUGCGCGCAAGUACCUCAAUGCCGAGAUUGGCUGCUUCUUCUCCAAAAUUCUUCCCGCUCUUGUUUCUCACAUGGGCGACCAGUUCCCUGAGCUCGUCAAGAAGCAGCUCGACAUCAAGGAAAUUCUCGACGAGGAAGAGGAGGCUUUCGCCCGAACGCUGGACCGUGGUGAGGCGCAGUUUGAAAAGUAUGCGGCCAAGGCGGCCAAAGACGGUGUCAAGAAACUUGGUGGCGAUGUUGUCUGGCGCCUGUACGACACGUUUGGUUUCCCGGUUGAUUUGACCCAAAUCAUGGCCGAGGAGCGUGGCCUCGAGAUUGACGAGAAUGAGGUCAACGUUGCCAAGGAGAAGGCUCGCGAAGCCAGCAAGGCUGUCAAGGCGUCCGUCGACACGUUUGCCAAGCUUGAUGUUCACCAGAUUGCCCACCUCGACCAGCAAAAGGUUGCCCGAACAGACGACGAUGCAAAGUUUGUCAAGGGCGACAGCACGGGCAAGGUUCAGCUCAUCUUUGACGGAAAGACGUUCCACACCUCUACCAAGGACCUGCCUGAGAGAACCGCCGUUGGUGUCUUGCUGGACAAGACCAACUUCUAUGCCGAGUCUGGCGGCCAAGUUGCCGACACUGGCCGAAUCGUGAUUGACGACGUUGCCGAGUUCAAGGUCAUGGAUGUCCAAAACUACGGCGGCUUCAUUCUGCACAGCGGUUACGUCGAGUACGGUGCGCUGUCGACGGGGGACCAGGUGAUUUGCGAGUACGACGAGCUUCGUCGCUCUCCCAUCCGCAAUAACCAUACCGGGACGCACAUCCUGAACCACUCCCUCAGGGAGGUUCUCGGCGACGACGUCAACCAGAAGGGCUCCUUGGUGGACAGCGAGAAGCUGCGUUUCGACUUUUCACACAAGAGCCAGGUCAAGAUUGAGGAGCUCCGCAAGAUCGAGGCCCUCAGCAACGAAUACAUUCGCCGCAACGCAAAGAUCUUCUCCAAAGACGUGGACCUGGACGUGGCGCGUCAGAUCGAGGGCGUCCGGGCCGUCUUUGGCGAAACGUAUCCCAAUCCCGUGAGAGUCGUCUCCAUCGGCAUGGACGUCGACACCCUGCUCAAAGACCCCAAGAAGCAGGAGUGGCGCCAGCACAGCGUCGAGUUCUGCGGCGGCACGCAUGUCGAGCAGACCGGUCUGAUCAAGGACCUCGUUCUCGUCGAGGAGAGCGGCAUCGCCAAGGGCAUCCGCCGCAUCAUUGCGUACACGGGCGAGGCGGCGCACCAGGUGCAGCGCGAAGCAGCCGACUUCUCCAAGAAGCUAGACGUGCUCGAGGCCAUGCCCUUUGGCCCGGCAAAGGAUGCCCACGUCAAGCUCAUCUCCCAGGAGCUCAGCCAGCUCGUCAUCUCCACGCUGACCAAGGACGAGCUCAACGCUCGCUUCCAGAAGAUUGCGACGUCCGUCGUCGCCGAGCAGAAGAAGCGCCAGAAGGCCGAGGCCGGCGCCGCGCUAGGCUGCGUCGUCAAGCACUUUGAGGAGAAGAAGGACGCCGACUACUACGUCGGCCGUCUCCCCAUCAGCGCCAACGUCAAGGCCCUGACGGAGGUCUUGAAGCACUUCCAGGCCAAGGACAAGUCCAAGUCGGUGUACAUAUUCGGAGGCAGUCGGGAAGAAGGCGCCGUCGUGCACGGCGUCUACGUCGGAUCUGCCCUUGCGUCCAAGGGCGUCACCGCCGAGCAAUGGGCGUCGGUGGUGUCAGACGUGCUGGGCGGCCGGUCAGGCGGCAAGGAGCCCACGCGCCAGGGGCAGGGCACGAAGCCCGAGAACAUUGACGAGGCGGUCGACGCGGCGACGAAGUGGCUCGUGGAGAGACUUUAA